GCCAGGGUAGAAUCUCUUGGACACCCAGACACACAGGGCUCAAGGCCCUUGCCUGGAUCAGCCCCCUCCUCCCCUCUCAUCUAGUACCACCUGCUUUAGUAUUCCUGGCUUUAACCCUUCUUUCUCUCUGUGUCCUGGGCUGCCUGCAGGAGCCAGUUAGUUCUCCAUUCCUUAAACAGUUCCAGCUCCAGCACCAUCCCUGGGCACAUCAUGGAGAAGGAAUUUCAAGACAUACAGCAGCUGGACUCUGAAGAAAAUGACCAUCAGCUCAGUGGUGGUGAGGGGCCAGGUACUCAUGGGCAGACUCCCAGGAGAGAAAAUCCAUUUUGGAAAGGGUUGGGGAUUGAAGCCAUGACCUCAUGCAUCCUAGGUUGGCGCUUUACUACCGAGUUACAUCCCCAGCUCCUGUCCCCUGGAUGCCUGGCUCCUGACACCCCCUCUCUCACAGGGUCGCCUCCUCCCCAGCCCUUUCCACAGCGCCUCUGCUCCAGGUUCCAUCUCAGUCUGCUCGCCCUGGGCUUCAAUAUCCUGCUGCUGGUGGCUGUUUGUGUAAUUGGGUCCCAAAGCACACAACUGCAAGCAGAGUUGCGGAUCCUGAAAGAAUCUUUCAGCAAUUUCUCCUCUAGCACUCUGAUGGAGGUCCAGGAUCUGGGCUUCCGUGGGGAUGGUGCAGGUGACAAGGUGACAUCCCUGGGAGCCAAGCUGGAGAAACAGCAGCAGGAACUGAAAGCAGGUGAGAGACCCACAUGUCUGCUGCAUUGCUGUCUGUGCAUCUGUCCCCUAGAUCAUGCCACUUUGCUCCUACACCUGAAGCACUUCCCAGUGGAUCUGCGCACCCUGACGUGUCAGAUGGUAUUUUUCCAGAGCAACGGCACAGAAUGCUGUCCUGUUAACUGGGUGGAAUAUGAAGGCAGCUGCUACUGGUUCUCUCGUGCUGGGAAGACCUGGUCUGAGGCUGACAAGUACUGCCAACUAGAGAAUGCCCACCUGGUGGUUAUCAACUCCAGAGAGGAGCAGAAAUUCAUUUUACAACACACAGGCGCCUUUCAUAUCUGGAUAGGCCUCACUGACAGUGAUGGCUCCUGGAAAUGGGUGGAUGGAACUGACUACAGGCAUAGCUACAAGAACUGGGCUAUCACUCAACCAGAUAACUGGCAGGGCCACGAACUGGGUGGAAGUGAAGACUGUGCUGAAAUCUUGACAGAUGGCCGCUGGAACGACAAUUUCUGUCAGCAGGUGAAUCGCUGGGCAUGUGAGAUGAAGCGGAAUAUCACUGGCUAAGAGCCCCGCUCCAGCACAUCUCUGUAUAACUUGUACCCCAUCCCUGCACUGACCCCAAUAUCUCUAUUGGGAAUUCUGCAGAAAGGAAGAAAAAGAGUCUGGGUUAUGGGGAGAGGCUGAGGAAAAAUGGAAAAGGGGGUGGUUUUAUUCAGACCCUGGGAAGGCUGAGAGUCUGCCUCCUUCCACAGUUCCUAGUAGUUAUUAUAAUUUUCAGCUGUUUCAAUGGAGUAGAAAUAAAUACUUGAAACUC